CUCCUCAUAUAAAAACAGUCUUGUGGCUCGCCCUCAACGUGCGACUAAAUAACUCUUUACACCUCGUCAGGCUGAAGUAUUUGUCCGCUAAGAGUUCUGAGGGGUAGCUCCAGCUGCAGAUUGAUAUGCGAAUGGUUGGUGGGGAGAAGACACCGGAGGGACAAAGAGGGACAACUUUGAAGCCAUGAAUCGGCGGUGAAGUCGCUCCUCGGCGGACAGAGUUGGUGUGGCCACAAGCGGGAGCCCGGGCCUCGGCUAGCUAGCGUUAGCCGCUAACUAGCUGAUGACUUCACCCACUGUGGACUGUCGCGUUGGGAACGUUAAACGGCAAAGAGGGGACAGUCCUCAUAUUAGCGCUGGACUCUUGAAUGCGGGGCGUGGAAGGCCUUAAAAUCUCUGACCAUGGCGGUAUCAAGACUUGAUCGUUUAUUUAUCCUGCUUGACACUGGCACAACACCAGUAACCAGGAAAGCAGCAGCCCAGCAGCUUGGUGAAGUUGUCAAACUCCAUCCGCAUGAACUCAAUAACCUCUUAUCAAAGGUCUUGACCUACCUAAGGAGUCCCAACUGGGAUACUCGAAUAGCAGCAGGCCAAGCUGUUGAGGCUAUUGUGAAGAAUAUUCCUGAGUGGGACCCGGCCCCCAAACCUAAAGAAGAGUCUUGUGAAGACUUAUCUCCAGAGGACUCCCCUUGUGACCGGUUGAGUUUCUACCACUUUGACAUCUCCCGCCUCCUCAAACAUGGGGCCUCUCUGCUGGGAUCUGCCGGGGCUGAGUUUGAGCUACAAGAUGACAAAGCUGGUGAGAUGGACCCUAAAGAACGACUCGCUCGCCAGAGGAAGCUUCUUCAGAAGAAGUUGGGUCUAGACAUUGGUGCUGCUAUUGGAAUGGACACAGAGGAGCUGUUCAAUGACGAGGACCUUGACUAUACCUGUCAAGCAAGUGGACUAAAAGCCCAUGGAAGCAAAGCCACAGCUGGAUCCAGCUCCCGCAACCAUCUACCAAUUCAAGCUGCUGAGUUAAUUGACUCGGAGUUCCGACCGGGCAUGAGCAAUCGUCAGAAGAAUAAGGCGAAGAGGAUGGCUAAACUAGUGGCGAAACAACGAUCCAGAGACAUGGAUCCAAAUGAAAAGAGUAAUGACAGUUUUGAGGGUGAACCUGAAGAGAAAAGAAGGAAAACCACCAAUGUAGUUAUUGACCAACCAGCAACGGAGCAUAAAGUCUUAAUCGACAACGUUCCAGAUAACUCCUGUCUUUUAGAAGAGUGGCCUCUGGAGAGCUUCUGUGAGGAACUUUGCAAUGACCUCUUCAAUCCUUCAUGGGAGAUUCGUCAUGGUGCAGGCACAGGUCUUCGAGAAAUCCUUAAAUCCCACGGUGCUGGAGGUGGGAAGUUGGUGGGAAGCACUGUUGAACAGAUGUUGCGGCAGCAUCAGGAGUGGAUAGAAGACCUGGUGAUCCGGCUGCUCUGUGUCUUCGCUCUAGACCGCUUUGGGGAUUUUGUAUCUGAUGAGGUGGUGGCUCCUGUCAGGGAGACGUGUGCCCAGACGCUUGGAGUGGCCCUUCGCCACAUGAAUGAAACUGGUGUUUUGAUGACAGUGGAUGUUCUGCUAAAGCUACUUAAAGAAGACCAGUGGGAGGUCCGUCAUGGAGGCCUGCUGGGAAUCAAGUAUGCCCUGGCUGUCCGACAGGACUUGAUCUCUGUGUUACUUCCCCGGGUUCUCCCUGCCAUCACUGUAGGCCUUCAGGACCUAGAUGAUGAUGUCAGAGCUGUGGCAGCUGCAUCCCUCAUCCCUGUGGUGGAAGGCUUGGUACAACUACUGCCCAAUAAGGUCCCCAAUAUAGUGAACACACUCUGGGAUGCUCUUUUAGACCUGGACGACCUCACUGCUUCCACCAACAGCAUCAUGACAUUGCUGUCCUCAUUACUCACAUAUCCACAGGUCCGACAGUGCAGCAUGCAGCAGUCAUUAACAGUCCUGGUUCCCCGGGUUUGGCCGUUUUUGAGACACACUAUAUCAUCAGUAAGACGUGCAGCACUGGAAACUCUUUUCACUCUGCUGUCUAAAGCUGACCAGAGCUGUGCCAUUUGGAUCAACCCCAUCCUACAAGACAUGCUCCGGCACAUCUUCCAGUCCUGUAUACUGGAAAGCAACGAGGAAAUCCUUGAACUGAUACAAAAGGUGUGGAUGGAGCUACUCUCGCAGGCCCCUCAGCAGUACGUGGUUGCAGCCAGCUGUCCGUGGAUGGGAGCCUGGCUCUGCCUCAUGAUGCAGGCCUCACACAUUCCCAUAGACCUGAACAUGCUGCUGGAAGUGAAAGCUCGCUCCAAGCAGGAUAAGGCUGGUGCAAAGGCACGUCUGGGGACCAAUCAGGUGAAGGAGACGGUCCAAGAGUAUAUAGCAGGCGCAGAGACUGUGACAGAUGACCCAGUGACGAGGGACUAUGUGGUGGUUCGAGCUCGUCUCAUGGCUGCCAAAUUGCUUGGGGCUUUGUGUAGGUGUAUCUGUGACCCUCAGCUCAAUGCUGCAUCUCAGGAGAUCCGACCAGCUGAGUCCUUAGGCCAGCUGUUGCUCUUCCAUCUCAACUCCAAGUCUGCCCUGCAGCGCAUAGCUGUGGCUCUGGUGCUCUGCGAGUGGGCUACCCUGCAGAAGGACUGUCAGGUGGUGUCAUCCAUGGUGCAGCCUCGUCUUCUCGCCAUUCUGUCUGAGCAGUUGUACUACGACGAAAUUGCCAUCCCCUUCACACGUAUGCAGAAUGAGUGCAAGCAGCUCAUUGCGUUGCUAGCUGAUUCCCACAUAGACCUUCAAGACCGCCUCAAUUGUAGUGUUUUCACCAUUGACCAAGCCAAUGAACUGGUAACCACCAUCUUUACAGAGUCAACAGCAGGUCUGAAUGUGAAUUCCAAACAGUGGCAGGCGCUGGAUGGUAAACGUCAACAGGCUCAGUCAACGGUGAUGGAGACCAGCACAGAAUGGCAGCAGCUGCAUCUGCGCGUCCACAUGUUCACGGCCUGCGCAGUGAUUAACCUGCAAGUGCUUCCUGACAAGCUGAACCCUCUGGUUAGGCCUUUAAUGGAGACCAUCAAGCGAGAGGAGAACACCCUGAUUCAGGGUUACACUGCAUCUUUCAUAGCCAAGCUAUUGCAGCAGUGCGCUGGACGCUCACCGUGCCCCAACCCCAAAAUCAUCAAAAACCUCUGUGCGUCAGCCUGCGUAGACUCUGCAGUCACACCCUCAUCGGCCUGCCCCGUACCCCCUACACAGGAAAAUGCCAAAGUCAGUGGUUUGGAGAAAGACUGCAUGCAUCAUAUGGUCAACAAAACCCGUGGCAUCAUCACUCUGUACCGUCACCAAAGAGCAGCAUUUGCCAUCACUAGUAAGAGAGGACCAGCCCCUAAAGCCCCAAAAGCCCCCUCCACAGAGCUCCCUCCUGGCAGCACCAUCAGUACUGAUAAUGAUGAGGGCAGAAAGCCAUUUCUCAUCCAGAGAAGAGGGGCCGAGUUCUCCCUAACAACUGUUGCCAAGCACUUUAGUGCGGACCUCACCAAGUCUCUUCCGUACCUCUGGGACAACACAGUGGGACCACUGAGGACAGUGGUGACUGAAAAUCAAUGCAUUGAUAGGCAGGUCCAGCUGGAGAGGGGAGACGCUGCAGCUCAGGACCUGGUCAACUCUCUGCAGGUUCUGGAGGUUAUUGCUGGGGCCAUGGCUUCUGAACUGAAACCUUUGCUGCUGGAGCACCUACCACAUCUGUUCACCUGCCUGCAGCAUCCGUACACAGCUGUGCGUCACAUGGCUGCACGCUGUGUGGGCGUGUUUAGUAAGCUGGCAAUGUUGGAGACCAUGAACAGUUUCCUCGAGUGUGUACUGCCCUGGUUAGCUGCUAUCGAUGACUGUACCAAACAGGAGGGAGCCAUCGAGGCUUUAGCCUGUGUCAUGGAGCAGCUGGACGUGGACAUUGUACCUUACAUCGUGCUGCUGGUUGUUCCAGUUCUGGGCCGAAUGAGCGACCCCAGUGAUAGUAUUCGUUUUAUGGCCACACAGUGCUUUGCCACACUCAUCCGACUACUGCCAUUGGAGGCAGGUAUACCAGACCCUCCAGCCAUGUCUGCUGACCUCAUCCGCCAGAAAGCCAGAGAACGCCACUUCCUGGAGCAACUGUUAGAUGGCAGAAAGUUGGAGAACUAUAAGAUCCCUGUGCCCAUUAAGGCUGAGCUCAGGAAGUACCAGCAGGACGGAGUGAACUGGCUGUCCUUUCUUAACAAGUACAAGCUGCACGGGAUCCUGUGUGAUGACAUGGGUCUUGGAAAAACGCUGCAGUCCAUUUGCAUUCUGGCAGGAGAUCACUACCUCAGGGCUCAGGAAUAUGCCAAGACUACGGCUGCAGACUGCAGCCCCCUGCCCUCCCUGGUGGUUUGUCCUCCCACACUGACUGGCCACUGGGUGGAUGAAGUGGGCAAAUUCUGCAGCAAAGAAUACCUCAACCCUCUGCACUACACUGGGCCUCCUACUGAACGAAUGCGGUUGCAACACCAAGUGAAGAAACACAAUCUUGUUGUGGCCUCUUAUGAUGUUGUGCGAAAUGACAUUGACUUUUUUAAAAAUAUCAAGUUCAAUUACUGUAUUCUUGAUGAGGGUCAUGUCAUCAAGAAUGGGAAAACCAAACUUUCCAAAGCCAUCAAGCAGUUGGCUGCCAAUUUCCGAGUCAUCUUGUCUGGAACUCCAAUUCAGAACAAUGUCUUAGAGCUCUGGUCAUUGUUUGACUUCCUCAUGCCGGGGUUCCUUGGAACAGAGCGGCAGUUUGCCGCACGUUAUGGUAAACCCAUCCUGGCGAGCCGUGAUGCCAAAAGUUCCUCACGGGAACAGGAAGCAGGUGUGCUGGCGAUGGAGGCUCUACAUCGACAGGUGCUGCCCUUCCUGCUGAGGAGAAUGAAGGUGGACGUGCUCCAGGACCUUCCUCCCAAAAUCAUUCAGGACUAUUAUUGCAACCUGAGUCCUUUACAGGUUCAGCUGUAUGAAGACUUUGCAAAGUCUCGAGCCAAGGCCAGUGUGGAGGACACCAUCUCUGUGGCCUCUACAGAAGAGGAGGAAAAGCCCAAACUGAAGGCUACAGGCCACGUCUUCCAGGAACUAUCAGCUCUGGCUGCGCCGCGGGUGAGGCCCGUCAGCCUGACCGUCGACGCAGAGCUCCCAUGA